AUGCGGUUCUCAUCCACCGCUAUCAUUGCUUCCCUGCUUUCUUCUCUCGCUCUAUCCGCUCCGUCUUCGUCUUUCCCCGAUACCUUCUUGCAGGUACCGUUUGAUACAGAGCCAGGCCUUAGCGUCCCCGGAGAUAACCCCCUAACUUACUGCGCUGAUCCAACGGCGGACAUUCUAACCAUCGAACGGGUAGAUUUGACGCCAAACCCUCCUAUCCCCGGCAAACCUCUUAAGAUCAAAGCGUCCGGCAUCUUUUCCAAGCCGGUUGAAAAGGGUGCCACUGUCCAACUGCAGGUCACAUACGGCUUUCUUCAGCUAAUCAACGAAAACAUGGAUCUAUGUGACCAGACUGGGAAGGUUGGGUUAGAUUGUCCAUUAGAAAAGGGCAAGACGGUACUUAGCAAGACUGUGGAUAUUCCUCCCCAGGUCCCUCCAGGCAAGUACAUCGUCAGAGCAGACGUUCAGACUGCAAACAAGGAGCCAGUUACCUGCCUCACAGCCACGGUUAGCUUCAAGGUAGAGAUAUAA